AUGGAACCCUCCUCCUCCUCAUCCUCUUCUUCAGCCAAUAACGCUGUUGGUGGCAAUGAUCUAGACUCCAAACGCCCUCCUCCUCUUGUGAUCCCAACCUCCUCCUCUACUUCAUCAAAGGUUGCACCCGAAAUGGCCGCCAAAGCAUCGGAAUGGGACUCCAAGGCAGUCGCAGUACGUGGUCGUCAAGCGGGCACUCGUGUUCCCGCCUCGUCAUACCUCCAUGACGAAAAGGCAGCGAUAGACCUUCAGGCAAAGGCAGCCGCAAUGUUGGUCUUGGACCAUAGUAGUCAAGGAGACCAUAGUCAAGCAGCUGUUGAUGAAGAAGCAGCUACCAAGGUGGGCAGCGCUGAACGGAGAGCUACAAGGACGCAGGAGAAGCGACCACAGAGAUUGUCAUCGGGGAAAGAAGCCUUUAGAUCCAUGCCAUUGGCGGCAAAAAAAGAUGAAUCAGAGCGUGUGGCCAUGACGAGCACGGGAAGCCAGCCAUUGACUUCCGAAGAAGUCCAACGCACAGUCUUGCGACGAGUGCAGAUUUGUCAGAUGUCACGGUUGCCGGGAGCCUUUCGAGUGGCAGGGAUUGGGGGGAUCGAUGCUGACGACCGAACCGUAUCCAAGCCAUUCAGUGUGGACGACUCAUUCAGUUCUGGCUACCUGGGCGAUCCUCUACAUGCUUCCCUGGUGUUUGAUGUCGAAAAUGGUGCAACUCAAGCUGGUACCGGUACCAUUGCUCUCGAAGAUGUUCUAGAGGUACCGGCAGAGACACUACCAGACCAAGAAAGCGACGACGCUGACACUAAACUCUUUUCCAGGAAGUUCCUAAUGCUGCUCAAGGUCGUGAGCUUGUUGUGGGUCGUUGCCUUCACCAUUGGCCUGCUGAUGAUGAACCACAAGAGUUUCUCAUCUUCACCCCUGGACGAAGACCAUCUUGGCAUGCGUGAUAGUGUCAAUGAGCAAACGAAUGAUAAACAGGAGGAAACAGACUUGCACUAUCUACCAUUCGAUGAAGACCUCCCAACUGCCACUAUCGAGAAGAUCCAAGGAGACACCUCCAGUCCUCAGUACAAGGCAAAUGCUUGGUUGUCACAAGAUCCCUCUUUCCAGUUGUACUCUCCGUUUCGAAAGCAACAGAGAUUUGCCAUGGCAGUCCACUACUUUGCAACCGGUGGCGAAACCUGGUUACGCAACGAUGACUGGCUGUCAUAUAACGUAUCAGAGUGCCACUGGUACAGCCGCACGAGAAACGAGUCAACAUCAUCGUCCAAUUGUGACGAGCAAGGCAGGGUGAUCCUCCAAGAGCUUUCCGAGAACAACUUGAGCGGGUUGAUGGAGCAAGAAGCUCAGCUACCAAAUUUGCGCAGGAUUGACUAUUCGAGUAAUGGACUCCAUGGCAUGCUUCCAGUCUUCUCACCAGGCGAACUCUGCCUCCGUGAGUUUAUCCUCUCAAAUAACAGGUUGGCAGGACCUAUACGGGUCAGCGCUGGCAUGACGGCCCCCAAGCUCCGGGUUGUUAAGCUGGACGGAAACCAGUUCGAAGGCAACAUCCAUGUGGCACUUCCAUUGUUUCCUAAACUGGAAGUCUGGAAUGUGACGGACAACAAGUUUGAAGGCACUGUACCAUCUGAGGUCCAGAACACGCCCAACCUGACGUACCUUGGCUUGGGGCACAACCACUUCUAUGGAAGUGUGCCUUCGGAAUUAGGGCUCUUGAGCUCGCUCCAAAAUCUUGACUUGUCUGGAAAUCAAGGCGUCACUGGGGCGCUUCCAGCGGAGCUAGCUCACAUCAGCUCCACGUUGGAGGUCUUGGACAUUAGUGGCACGAGCGUCACCGGUGAGAUCCCCGAGGAGCUCUGUCUCCGACAAAAAGCAGGCGACCUCGUGAUCACAGCCAACUGCAGCCUUGUGAGGUGCUGCGAAUAA